AUGAAUUACUAUGCCGCAACUGUCCUCCACCCGGCGAUUCGGUGGGACUUCCUUCAUAGGGCUUAUCGAGAGAGGCCGGGUUGGAUCGGAAAAGCUCAGCAACUCAUUGACGGCCUCUGGCAGGAGUACAAGCAAUUGCCGGUCCAAUUUGAACGAGGCAACUAUGACCAGCUACGUCCAAUCAAGAGGGCCAAGGAAGUAGAAGAUUCGUUCUCUUCGUACCUGGACAGUUUCAAGUCAACGACCACGGCGCGGUUGGAGGGAAAUGAGGGUGACGAGCUCGACCGACAUCCUCUCUGUGCCUCUAAUGGCGGCGGAGUGCGAGAGGGUAUUCUCUUCCUGUGGGAACAUGGUGUCGGCCAAACGCUGCCGGCUGCAGGCGGAAACAGUUGCCGUAACGCAAACCGUGAGGUCCUGGUUAAAGGCGGGUUUGCUGGACGAUUAUGA